CUGAUUGGGCGUAUGAUGUUUUCCACAUACUACCCUCACAACUACCUUGAAGGCAAUAUUGAGUUGGGGACAUGGGAUAUUGAAGAGGCAAGGUCCAGUGAGGACAACACAACCAGCACUCAACAAUCCACUAUAUGCACCUUGGAAUGGAUGCAAAUGGAUGAUGUCUUCAUGUCCAACUUACUCCCAAGGGUGGAGGAUAAAUUGGUAAGGAUGAAGGCUGCCAUGAAACUCAUUAAUGGGCGACACAAUGAACACUUCGAAUUGGUGCUGGGAAAAGCAAACAGCUUCUGGGACAACCAAAUGUCUUUUGAUUAGUUCAGGGUAGCGAAAGACAUUUCUGGGAGGUGCAUGAAAUCAUUUUUUGUAAUAUUGAUGGGUGUCUAGGCCUUUGCUUGUACACUGCCUAAGUUGCCCUCAGUCUAUCCAGGCUUUUGGUUUGUUACUGCCUUUGGAUGUUUGGGUCAUGCGUGAGGACAUGUUAUGUUGUUACUCAGGGUAACCUUAUUUAGUAGGUCUGUAAUGUUAAACUGGAUCAUUUCAUAUGGUUUUAUCUUGCUAUGUUGUUGUUAAAAU